UUAACUUGCUUGCACAAGCAAUAGGUAGAGAGGAGGAAGGGUGGUCCACUCGAGUCUAUGGCAGACCGACUUGAGAGAGAAAAGCCGUAUAAGAUAAGGAAUAUAGUCAUAGAGAUAGAGGGAGAGUCUUCAAAACAAUAAUACUAAUAAUAAUAAUAAUUAUAAUAAUAUCAAUACUAAUAUUAAAAUAAUAAUAUUCUCUUUCUCUCUUUCUUGGUAUGUAGCUAGCUAGCUGCCAUAGUUGUAGUUUUACGGUGCAGUGUUUGUUUUGCUUCUUCUAAGCUAAUAAGAUUCCCCCCUGGCCUCCCAUUAUUAUAGAAAAACAAAGAAGAAUUCUUCCAUCAAAGAUAUAUAUCAACUCUAAAGAAAGAAAGCAGGUGAUGAUGAUGAUGAGGAUUCUAUAUGGUGUCAUCAUUAUGCACAUGUAACCAAUUUUCUUAUCAUCUUCUGUUUCUUUUCUCUUUUGUUUUUGUUGUUUUAGCUUCUGCUGUGCUUCACACUCAUUAAACAGUGUGGUUUUAUCUUGGGAUUUAGCUGUUUUCAGCAAAAGCACAAUCUUUUCAUCAAAUUUGUUUCUUCUUUCACCUUCCUUUCUUCUUCUUUUUCUUCUUUCUUUAUUAAAAGAAAGCCAUGAUGUCAUCAUCUGAUGAUGCCCUUUCCUCCCUCACCUCCUCCAUGAGAGCCUUCAUUGGCAACACCCAAGAUCCCAUCCAAAACCCUAAUCCGAACCCGAGCCCGACCCCAAACCCUAACCCGAACAAGCGAAAGAGGAACCUCCCGGGCAACCCAGAUCCGGAUGCAGAAGUGAUAGCUCUCUCCCCCAAGUCAUUGAUGGCCACCAACCGCUUCGUCUGUGAAAUCUGCAACAAGGGUUUCCAGAGAGACCAGAACCUGCAGCUCCACAGGAGGGGUCACAACCUGCCAUGGAAGCUUAAGCAAAGAAACAACAAGGAAGUUGUGAAGAAGAAGGUGUACAUCUGCCCCGAGAAGAGCUGCGUCCACCACGACCCGUCCCGGGCCCUCGGCGACCUCACCGGGAUCAAGAAACACUUCAGCCGGAAGCACGGCGAGAAGAAGUGGAAGUGUGAGAAGUGUUCCAAGAAGUAUGCUGUCCAGUCCGAUUGGAAAGCUCAUAGUAAGAUUUGUGGGACGAGAGAGUAUAAAUGUGACUGUGGAACUCUUUUCUCCAGAAAAGACAGCUUUAUAACUCACAGAGCCUUUUGUGAUGCAUUGGCUGAAGAGAGUGCCAGAUUCACUUCAGUACCCAAUCUAAACUUCCGGAAUGAGCUGCUGGGAAAUCCUCACCAAUUCGGAUCUCAUGUCUUCCGGCAGCCCCAAAAUGACCUUAUGGUCGGGGUGGACACGGGGAGUCAGCUCGGUCUCGAUGGGCAAAAGCCGAGGUUGCCGAUUUGGUUGGAUGCGAACGCGAAUUCUCAUCAUCAUCUUGGGAAUGUCAAUGAAUUCUUGGGAUCAUCUUCUAGCGGUGGCGGUGGAGGAGGUGGCGGUGGAGGUGGAGGUGGGGGAUUAUCCCAUCAUGAGCUCCUACAAAUGACUGCACCCUCGUCGAAUAUGUUGGGUUUGUCCUCCCCUAAUCUAUGGUUUCAUGGCGCAAGUGGUAGCACGCCUUCCUCUUCGCUACCUCCUGUUAUGAAGGAGGAAGACGAAAGUAAAAUUAGUUCCAUGUUUUACAACCACCUCCAAGAAGCGGCGGUGAAAACACCGCCACCCGCCCGCUCAUAUGUCGGCCACCGCUCUUUUGCAGAAAGCCGCCCAAAUGGGAUCAACGUGUAGCAACAAUAGUAACAACAACAAUAAUAACUCGCCUUUGUUUGGUGGUGGAUUCGGCUUUGUGGGGUCCACUCUUUCCUCUCUCGGUAGUUUCAAUUCAAGAAAUGAAAUUCAUCAUCAUCACAACCAUCAAAGUUUUGGAAAGCAACAAAAUCAACAAGAGCAAUCGCACGAUCAUCACCGCCACCAACACCACCAGAGUCUGAAUGGGUCGAUACUAAGUGCUCCAAAUAACAAUAAUCAAGGAAAUGAUCAUCACGGCUUGUUAUUUGGAGACAUAGAUUCUUCACCGAAUCCCAUGGCGGGAAAUGGGGAAAAUUCUUCUUCUUCACAUGAUCCUUCUUUGAUGUUGCAAAGUAACAAAGGUAAACAGUUCAAUCACACUAUGCCUAGUGGAAGUAGUGAAGUAGUUGAAGGGAGUUUGACUAGAGAUUUUCUUGGUGUUGGUGGGAAUGACAAUAGAACCUUUUUUCAACCCCAUGAGUUGGACAAAUUGGCCUCUACUCCCAUGCCCUUGAAUGAUUUUUCUAGACAUGGUUAAUGCGUGGCACACUCCCUUCCUAGUUCUAUUCAAUCUCAUCUUUUCCAUCUUCAUAUUGAAAUCUAAAUCACACAUUGUCUCUUUGAGAAUCAAUCUUAUAGAUCCAAAAUGUCAUAUCUUGGUGAGAUUUGCUCUCUUUGUCCUAUUUUAUUUAUAAAGUGGGUUUUUGAGGGGAGCAUUAAUAAGAUGAUACAAUGUUGGGAAGUUGAUUGUAUGGGGAAGAUCAGAUUAUUGAGCUAAGCAAAAAGAGAUGAUUUUGGAAAGGAGAUAUUUGAAUUGAACUUGGCUUUCAAGAUCUUGUGAAUUGUCAGAGGGGAGCAAGUGAGGGGUGGGGUACAGUGUGAGAGGUGGGGGGUACGGUGGGGCCCACUGCAUGCUUGAAAAGACUUGACAAAAAGCGACAUUGCAAUCACAAGGCAGGCAAGCUUUCCAAGCUCCAUCGUAUUACUUACUGCAUGUAGAAAUAUUUUUCUUUUUUCUUUUACUAAAUUUUAUUUUAUCUUUCUUUUUUGUUUUUUUCCUGGACCACCGCAAGCUUGUGACUAUAUAGGGACAAUGCUACAGUUCGAAGCAUAGUUUAAUUAUUUUUUAAUAAUGUUUUUUUGUUUGGUUUAUGUAGUAUUAUUCCAGAUAUGAACAUGCAUAUUUGAUUAAUUAGCUCAGAACUGUGUCACUUAUUGAGCUUAAUUUCUCGAAUUAUUAAUUGAUCAUAGAAAUUGGGAGGUGUGAGGAUAAACUUUGACAUGUUGUUGACUUAUGAGGCUAGAAUGCCAG